AUGAGAAGUUUACUGAACGAUCUAUCGAAAUAUUUGCCAUUUCGAUCAAUUUUAUUAAAAUACUCAGUAAACGAUCUGAUUAUUCUCAAUAGUACACAUUUACCAAGACUAAUCGAUAUAUCGAACUCCGCUCUGAUCAUUGAUUUAAACACGAUAACUAUCACAGGAUGCCAUACUAUACUAAAUGAGAUUCGUAAUCAUCUCUUAUGGAUUGAUCAUCAACAAAGCCGACAGACUGAUUUUGACGAUGAAACAAACGAAGAAUGGGCAAAGUUAAUCCGACCGAUGAAUCACACCACAACGUUUGGCUAUCUACUUGGUUAUCCAAUUGUUUAUUAUUAUGCGUCAGAGACAUUAACGAAUGCCACGACAUUGAAAAAUUUUCGUUUAUAUGUGAAACUCGCUGAUCUUGAUGACGAGAUUUUACUCUAUUCAUUUUCCUCUCCAGUUCACGACAAUAUCAACGAGAAAACGGUUGACGAUGUUGUUAAUCUAUGGUUUUCUUCGUUGUCGCCGAAAAUGAAUUCAUCUGAUAUUGUCAAACAUUACCAUUUGGAACAUCAAACUAGAGAACAGGCAACAUGGUGUUUUUAG